CUACCAUGCGUAUCCAUGGCUGGAACAAAGUACUUGGAGGCUUCCCACUGGAUGUUGGCCAUGCUGGGCAAGUGGGGAGGGGGGUGAAACCAUGGCAACAAAAGAAGUGGAAUGGGCGAGUGAAUAUGAACAUGGUGAGAUGGUGUCCAGUGGAGACUGUGUGACCUGCAAAUCCUGAAGCACGUCGACAGGAAGCUGUAUGAGGUGAGCCCAGCAGCAUGAGAGAAGCCAUGGCCGGCUCUGAGCUGUCGAUGGCGGCUCGGGCCAGCAUCCAGCUCAACAUGCCGACCUUCUCGGACACCCUGGGGCUGGAUAACAGCACAGCGAAGCACUGCUAUGGCGCACACUCCCGCAGCAGUGUCUUGGAGGGCCUGCCCUUUGGGGGGGUGCCUACCGUGCUGGUCAUCAACGUCGUCAUGUGGCUGCUUCUUCUAUUGAUCUUCUCCUGUCUGCGCAAAGCGGCCUGGGAUUACGGGCGUCUGGCCCUGCUGAUGGACAACGACAGCCUGACGUCCCUGUUCUAUGGGGAGCAGAGCGAGAAGGAGAAGUCCCCGUCUGAGUCCAGCCCCUCAGACACAGAGAACAAGGACGUGGGUUUCUGCUCCUGGCUGACGUCCCUCUAUCAUAUGAAGGACGAGGAGAUCCGGAGCAAGUGUGGCAUCGAUGCCACCACGUACCUGUCCUUCCAACGCCACAUCAUCCUGCUGAUGGCAGUGGUCUGCCUGCUCUCUGUGGCUGUCAUCUUGCCUGUCAACAUCUCCGGAAGCCUGCUGGAUGACAGCCCUCAGAACUUUGGAAGAACGACAGUAGCCAAUAUCCCUGCAGAGGACAGUUUCCUGUGGAUGCAUAGCAUCUUUGCCUUGCUGUACUUCAUUAUCACCUCUGUGUGCAUGGCACACCACUCGUCACGACUGGAGUACAGGGAGGACGAGAGGGUGGCCCGAACUCUCAUGAUCACCGGCAUCCCCCGGGAGAUCUCGGACCCAGGUCUCAUCACCAAGCACUUCCAUGAGGCCUACCCCAGCUGUACCGUUACAGACAUCCGUUUCUGCUACGAUGUGCGCCAACUCAUGAAGCUGGACUCAGACAGGAGGAAGGCGAUGAAGGGCCGGCUGUAUUUCACUGGCAAGGCCCAGAAAGAAGGACGGAUCAUGAUCAAGACUCAUGCCUGCGCCCAGAUAUUUUGCUGUGACUUUUGUGGAUUCGAGCAGGUUGAUGCAGAGCAGUACUACAGUGAGCUGGAGGAGAAGCUGACAGACGAGUUCAACGCGGAGAAGAACCGGAUCUCUCUGAAACGGCUGGAUAUUGCGUUCGUCACGUUCCGGGACGAGAGGAUGACUGCUGUCAUCGUGAAGGACUACAGCCGGACCCGUUGCCGCCGGAGACCCCAGCAGUCCAGCAUCACCACCAUAGUCCGCUCCCUCAAGUGGGGGGUGGGUUAUGCCCCAGCCCCCAGCGACAUCAUUUGGGAGAACCUGUCAGUGCACGGCUCCUACUGGUGGCUGCGCUGCCUCCUGCUCAACAUCUUCCUCUUCCUGCUGUUCUUCUUCCUCACCACACCAACCAUCAUCGUCAACACUAUGGACAAGUUCAACGUCACGCGUCCCGUGGAGAGCCUGCAGAAUCCGGUGAUCACACAGUUCUUCCCCACCCUGCUCCUGUGGGUCUUCUCCGUGCUGGUUCCCUUCGUCGUUUACUACUCAGCUUUCUUCGAGUCCCAUUGGACCAGAUCGAGUGAGAACCAGAUAACGAUGCACAAGUGCUUCUUACUGCUGAUUUUCAUAGUUCUCAUUCUGCCAUCGCUGGGUCUCCUUAGCUUGGAGGUAUUCUUCAGAUGGCUGUUUGACCGCAAGUUCCUGGAAGAAAAGGUUGUGAAAUUUCAGUGCAUGUUCCUCCCUGACAACGGGGCCUUCUUCGUUAACUACGUCAUCACCUCCAGUCUGAUGGGCACGGCCAUGGAGCUGCUGCGGCUGCCAGCGCUCACCGUCUACGCAAUGCGCCUCUGCUUUGCCAAGUCCGAGGCUGAGCGCAUUCACGUCAAGAGGAACCAGGCCUACGAGUUCCAGUUCGGCCUGCAGUACGCUUGGACCAUGUGCAUCUUCGCCGUCAGCAUCACCUAUAGCAUCACCUGCCCCAUCAUCACACCCUUCGGUCUGCUGUACGUGGCCCUCAAGCACAUGAUCGAUCGCUACAACAUCUACUACGCCUACGUCCCCACCAGGCUCAGCCAGCACAUCCACUACGCCGCCGUCAGCCAAGUCAUGGUGGCGCCCAUCCUCUGCAUGCUCUGGCUGCUAUCCUUCUCCGUGCUGCGACUGGGCCCGUUCCGGCCCGUCACCCUCUUCACCUUUGUCUCGCUGCUGUGCUGCAUUGUCUUCUCCCUCUUCGGACUGUGCCUGAGGAAACUGAGACCCCCCAAGCCCAACAGCUACCAAAUGUCUGACCAGCCCACGGAGGGCGUUUUCAGUGACACGGAGAGAGGCAGCCUUUCAUCGGUGCCCAACCCCAACCUGUUUGUAGCCUCCGUGCUGCAGGAGCCGGAGCUGGGUCUGACCCCCAUGGCCUCCCCGGCCCACCAGAGCUACGGCGCCGUGGGGAACCGGCGGGGCUCCUCGCGUGGGGGGGGUGAAGAAGAGGCGCAGCCUCAGACUUACGAGACGGAGCUGCAGGACCCUCCCCCCGAUCCUGAGGACCCCUUUGCCUCCAGUCCCCUCAUGGACAGCCAGCUGGGCUAUCAGUAACGUUCCACUCGCCCCCCUCGCACCCCAGCUCCGAGCCACACGCGUGCCCCCUCUUCCACAGCCGCGUAACUCCAGGCUUCCAAAAGCCAAAGCAGCACUGCAAAGAGAGAACGAGCAUUAAUCCAGAAUGUUCCUCUGCCCCGACUCCAGCUCAGCUGCCUCAAAGCCUCGGACAUAGAGUUUGCUGGCCAGACCUUCUGCUGGACCUCUGUGAGAGCCCUCGAGAACUCGGGUUCCAGAAGCUGGCUCAUUUCUGGUACUGCGGUUGAUGCAGGUUGGACGGAUAGAAGGAGGAAGAUCUGGCCUGGCCAAGAUCAGGACAGAACCAGGUGGUUCGGUGGUGUGCAGCCCCAGAGCACCAGGAGCAGAAAUAAACUGACCAUGGGGAAAAGCAUCUCACAGCGUCCAGCUUCUGUCACUGAGAGUCUGGCUGCAUCUCAUACGGCUUCGUGCUGCACUUCCUUUUUCCUAUUUGCAAAAACGUUUCCUCCCAGCCUGCCUUGUGAAGUUUGCCAUGUGAGGCCACAGGACCGUGGGGAGGGUGUUAGGAGUGAGGGGAUCCCAAGCUUCAGAAGUUUGCCACAUCUCAGAGGCGACUCCAAGGGCUCGCAAAGCCAUCUGUGGUGACAGAACAGUGCAUACAUGGCAGUGCUGUAGGGCAGAGUGCAUCUGGGGACCGGAAUGUUCUCUCCAUGUCGCUGUGCAGAGGGCAAAGGAACACAGCUAAAAAAAUCCCCCAUUGCUCUCGAAACCUUUGUUGCUCUUCAUUGUUUUAUUAUGGUUUAUUGCCAGUUUUCUUGCAGUUAUUAAUGUUGUUACUGACUAUUAUUCCUGUUACUGUUAUUACUUCUACUAGUACUCUUAGGUAAUUGCUAUUCUUACCGCUGGAAUUUGAUGUCAGUAAUUUGAUCAUGUAAACGCGACACAAGGCAUCAGCCGGUUUGGAAAGAUGUCACACGGCAAAGCAAAAAAGAAAAAAAAAAUGUCGGUGUUCAAGCGUGUUUCAAGGCGCCGACAAAAAAAGCAGACCCAGAAAUCGGUAUCGCCGAAGGAGGAAGCAGAGUGCCGUUACGCAGUCUGCUGCUAUCGCCCCGUUGCAUUAUGGGUCAGGGACUCCCGCCGCAUGCUCCAUUAGGAAGACACUCUUACAGCUCCACGACAGGCUUUCGAGGCUGGGGGGGGGCUCCUUCUGCAUCAGCCCUCCAUAAAGACAUUCUCCUUUCCUGCUCCAACCUUUGAUCUGUACCAGUGCUUCGCGGUGUAAACUAAACGUUCCUACAACGUUACUCCUCUGCUCCGUCGUGACCGUGUUGCGUCCUGAUUUGUCAGUUGUUGUAAUGCUGCGCGAUGUGUUUGGAGCGAGGGGAAAAAAUGCCCCUCCCCACACCUCUUUCCAAAUCCUGAAUGUAAACUGGUUGAGGUUUGUAUUAUUCUUUAUCGCUCUCUUGCUGUGCCUUGAAGAAGAAAGGAAAAAAAAAGUCCUUUUGUUUGACAAUCCAGCAUGGCCUGAAAUAUGCUGCAUGGGAUGUAUUUACAGAGCCAGGAACUGGGAGAACCUCCCCGCCUCCCCCCAUUCACCUCAGCGUCCUUCAGAGGCAGUCCUGAAUCCCCCACGGAUGUCAAGCAGGUGGCAUUCUGCUACUCCCACACAAUGUGGUCUAGUGGGCAGGUUGUGGGUAUGUACAGCCCCCUUUCCAGCAGCCCCGGUGCCCGGCUCUCAGUAUGUAGCAUAGCGUGGGCUGUGCUGUAUGACAGCUCUUCAGAAAUCAGAAGCUACAGUGUACGCUGGUUUUCCUUCAGCCCUGAAUUUCCUUUAGCUCUAAGGCAGCAGGUGGGGUGGAAGUCGAGGGCGGGGACCCAUAUGUGGGCGGUCCUUGGUUCACGGCCUUGCGCCUUCCUUGAGCAAGUGACUGAAGCAGAAUUCAAGAUCUUUAUUGGCCAUCUGCAGCAGGUGCACUGGAAUGCUUGAUCAAUCAACCAGACUCAGUUACAAAGAAACUAAAGACAGUACCAUACAACACAGCACAGUCCAGCUGUUUAAGGAGUGAAAUGACUGAAAUGUGAACAGAUUACAUGGGCCGUACAUCGCGUCUCCGAGUGAUUCACGUCUUUCAUGCACCUAAUGAAACGUGAGUUCCCAUUCUGGUUAGGUACACUGAAACCUAAAGCAGAAAAGAGGAGCAUGGAUUGGUGUUGGCUGAUAUAGUCUCUCUACAGUCACCACCAUUGUAUUAUGCAUAUGGGUACAACACCUGCACAAGUGUGAUUGCCGAGGGCAGGAAGCUUCAACGUCUGGUUGCCAUACCCACAAGGUAAUGCUCCUCACCAGAUAAAGAAUUUCGUGAUUGACAACUACAAAACGUGAUAUCUCCACAAGUGGGGUUGCUUGGGUGUCCUUGUUGGCUUACAGUUUUUUAUUGUUUUAUCUGAGUUUGCGGGUUCCAGGAUCUCCGUCAUCUCUGUAUUGAGUUCUUUUUUUGUUUCUUAUUAGAGGGGAUUAAAAAUAUAUCCUUAAUUCAGUGCGCAGUGCAAGUGAAUCCGAACCCAAGUCUGAUUUUUUACAGACGAGUGAAACCCCAAAACUUCCAAUUGCAUUAUGUUCACAUUCAUUUGCUGCCAUCCGAGAAAUUAAUAGCAGAAAGUGCUGUGGGCAACAGGACUGGAGUAGAUGAGAGGAAUUUCACAGCAAAGACACAUGUCCAACCCAACCCAAACGUCUCCUUGGUUCCUGUUCCUGUGACUUGUUUUACGGACUUUUUGCGAAUCCAGUAUGGUUUUAAAUCCUUUCAUUUUGACAUCUGCCAGGAUGGUGGGCUGAAAAAAUAAAAUCUUUUUCUAAGAUCAUCUUGUGGAAAUAUAUAUGCAAGAGAGAUGAAGUACGUGGACUGGAGUUUUUUCAUUUUCAAGAUUUUCCCUCUAGAGUUCCAGUAACCCUGGCAAUGUAAAUAGGAACUGUGUCCAUAAAGGUAAAUAACAACAAUAUUUUACUAAUCCUGUGAUACCCCAUUCAUCUGUUGUCUUGGAUAUGCAAACAAUGAGUUUUCUGAAUAUAAUAAAUUCAAAGUGAUACAA